AUGGCUCAGGAAGCGCUUGAGAUGGCAGCUGUUGGAAACUGGGAGAGUACUGCUGAGGCGGGGAAACCACCACCUGGCUUACAUCUGGAUGUAGUCAAAGGAGAUAAACUCAUUGAGAAACUCAUCAUUGAUGAGAAGAAAUACUAUCUCUUUGGGAGAAAUCCUGAUCUGUGCGAUUUUACCAUUGACCACCAGUCUUGCUCUCGGGUCCAUGCUGCCUUGGUCUAUCACAAACAUCUCAAGAGGGUUUUCCUCAUAGAUCUGAACAGCACACAUGGCACGUUCUUGGGUCAUAUCCGUUUGGAAGCUCACAAACCCCAACAGAUACCCAUUGACUCCACGGUUUCAUUUGGGGCUUCUACACGGGCGUAUACUCUGCGAGAGAAGCCUCAGACACUGCCAUCAGCAGUUAAAGGAGAUGAGAAAAUGGGCGGUGAAGAUGAAGAGCUCAAAGGCUUGCUGGGCCUGCCAGAGGAGGAGACAGAGCUUGACAACCUAACAGAGUUUAAUACAGCCCACAACAAAAGAAUUUCCACGCUAACCAUUGAGGAGGGGAACUUGGACAUUCAGAGACCAAAGAGAAAACGGAAGAACUCCAGAGUGACAUUCAGUGAUGAUGAUGAAAUCAUCAAUCCGGAGGACGUGGACCCUUCUGUCGGGCGUUUCAGGAACAUGGUACAGACAGCAGUAGUCCCUGUUAAGAAAAAACGGUUGGAGAAUCCAGGCUCGUUGACCACAGAUGAUUCUGCAUCACGGCGGCACGGGACAGCGCUCAUUGGUGGCCUGCCAAUGCCCUACCCCAAUCUUGCCCCAGAUGUGGACUUGACUCCUGUUGUGCCCUCGACAGUUAACAUGAACCCGGCUCCAAACCCUGCUGUCUUUAAUCCUGAAGCUGUGAAUGAACCCAAGAAGAAGAAGUACGCAAAGGAGGCAUGGCCGGGCAAGAAGCCGACCCCUUCCCUGCUGAUCUGAGUUGG